GUAAAGUUUCGCACGCAAUUUUGUUAGAUGCGAAUAACGAACGUGCAGGGUUUCGGUGUGGGCGAGGGAAGAGGCGUUAACGUUAGAGGAAGCAUUCAGAAAUUCGUGGUGUAGCUCGAGUUUCGUGAGUUGUGUGUGCGUACCUCCGUCGUUGUUACCUAACUGCUGUCGGUGCGGCGCAUUGCUCGGUCUGACGAACCGAGUAUCAGACAAUGGCGGUUUUACACCACGUCGCCUUGCGGUGCACGCCCUCAAACUUGCCAGCGCUUCGUUCGAAGCGAGCACUGUUUGCUUUCACGGCAAUAACCUCGUUACUGCUGUUGAUAAUCGCGUAUUUCAGUAGACAGACUCACAAGGAGGCAUCGCUAGCCGACGUGAAGAGAAGGCGCAUGCGCGACGUUGCUGUCAUGGCGACGUCUCAAAUGGUCGUCGUUGUGCCUCAAGAGAAACGCACAACACACGCGUAUCACAUACAACAUGUCACUCUUUUCGGUGGUGCAGCGUUACAGCUGAUUGUAUUCGAUUCUUACGUCAUAAACACCGAGAAAUGUCGAAAUUGUUUGCCAAAUUAUUUUCUCAAACCGCAAAAAGACGGAAAUCUGAGGUACAGAGAGGGCACAAGUGUUCUAGUGCACCAUCAGAAGUCCGGUGGUACGACUCUGAGAUUGUGUCUUCGGCAGCUGGUCGGUCCACCAGACAUCCUGGCAUCGAGAAACGGUGAGAGGAUCGGCGACCGACAGUUUGUUGGAAGCAUGCACACUGAUGGUAGAUUGGUGUGGAGAAAUAUCUUGAGUAAGAAGAGCCGAUCGAAGUACAAGUUUAUAGAAGGUCCGAAUGUGAUGGGAAUAUGUGAUGAGAUGGGAGUUGGCGAGCGUUUGUGUUCGUAUUAUCUGAUGUUGAGGGAUCCGAUUGAUAGAGCUGUGUCUACGUAUUUCUACUGCAAGGUGGAACAGGAUGAUCAGUUGUGUGCGAGCCGCCAGAUGAAUGCGACGACGGUGAGUCUCAAAGAGUGGGUGAUACAUCAGCGGAGCUUCUUGUUGACUCAGCUGUGUUUUGAUGUUCGAUAUUGUAAUAUGUCGAGGUUGGAGCAGCAGCGGUUGCCGUGUUGGUAUCGGCAACGGUCGUUGAUGGAGAGGGUGGAUGUUAGGCCGGUGGUGAAGUUUGUGGUUGAUGAUUUGGUGGAUAGGUUUGCUGUUAUUGGAAUGUUGGAUAAGUAUGGGGAGUCAUUACAGAUGUUUGAGAAGGUUUAUGGUAUAAAGUUUACUCAAUGCUCACAAAAGAAAGAGAACUCUAUGCAAGACAAAUUGUCGUCAUUUUCAGAUCGUGUGCUUAAGCAGCAAGUGAACGACAAGGACAUAAUAGUGUCUGAACUCAGACGUGACUCGGAUGUGAGACGUGCUCUGCAAUUUGACAUAUCUAUUUAUCAAAAGGCUGUUGAGAUAUUUGAGAUGCAGAGAGAAAGUAUGGCUAGAGGGGCAGGGUGAUUGUGUACUGUUGUGGAGGUGUUUUUCACUUUUGUUACCGACUUUGUUACACACUGACUCUGUUACGUUGGUUGUUAUAACAUGAGAUGUAAAUAUUUUAGGGUUUGUAGGUGUGCAUUGAAUGGUUUGUACUGGUGUUGUUUGAGGAUGGUUGAGGUUUGAUAAUAGAUUGUUUUCAAUUUUUUUUGAUAUUGUGUGUCUUUGAUUGUGUACACGCAUGCACACAUG